AUGGAGAGGGAGAGAGCCCUGGAAUAUAUAUAUAUCUCUGUGUCCCCACGUCGAAGUCAAAAAGUCACUGACACCAAACACUACAAACUACAUCACACACACAAUCACAUGACACAGACAUACACUAUUACAGCACCUCUACACGGCUCCGAAUACCAGACUAUCAAAGUACACCCCAAAGACCACAAUGAAAAGCUCUCCACAAAGUACCACUUUGAGACCCCUUACCGAGCCGUUCUCGCCUGGGAGUCUGUUUUUCUGCAUGCCAACUACCGUGGACGCCAUGAGGUGUGGCGCACCAUCCUAAACAACGACGACCUCUACUUUACUGGUCCCAUUCUAGACGUGGGCAGUGGAUCCGGUGUGUCGCUUAUGAAGCUUUGCAAGAAGAAGCGAGAGGUACAGAAGGCUUCCAACUAUCACAUUGACGGAAUCACGGCUGUGGACAACUAUGACAAGAAGAAGGGCCAGCUCAAAAAGAUCAUUAACAACAUCAAGGCAAAGGAGUACACCGACCUCGUGACCCUCACUUCUGCUGAGCUCACCAACUUGCCCUACUCCACGGACACAUUUUCGCUGGUUACAUCUCCCUGGGCUCUACGGUCAUACGAUCGGGACACUCAGAAGGAAAUUCUGCGAGAGAUGGCUCGUGUUUGCAAGCCUGGAGGUUAUAUCAUAAUCACUGAUCUGCGACCUUCCGGAUCCGGGCCUUACGAUGAGUGGAUUAAGGAAAUGGGAUGGCACGACGUUCGAAAAAUCUCUGCUGGCCCCAACGGCUGGUUCGGAUGCUGGACUACCGACAUUUACGAGUUCCAAAAGCCCGCUACAGACACCUACAGACACAGCUCAGAGUCUCUGACCGAGGAGGACUCUGUGGUCAUUGAGCUUCACAAGGUGAACCUGGGGUAA